CACAGUUCAGGCUUGACCAAAGUGUACAUCUUUGCGAUCAAGGAACCAAAACACAUACACAAUGGCUUCUCUUUCAGUCUCUUGUGCUUCUCUCGUUUCUGCACACCCAACAACAAGGAUGUUGAAGCAUCAUCCCAUUCUCAACACCCCAUUUGCUAAUCCAUCUUUAUUUUCUCGGAAAAUUGAUUCGUCGACAUGUCAGUCCUCGAGUUACAAAACCCGAGUUGCUUGCAAGUCGACGAUCACGUCUCCUGGAGGCAGAAAAGGUGACCGAAAGCUAAUCACUGUGCAGCCGAAUGAGGAAGUUGUUAAAGUUUCACCGUGGGUUGAGUACUUACCCCAAGAAAUUCAGCCUUACGCUAAGCUUGCUCGUGUGGAGAAGCCUAUCGGUACAUGGCUACUGCUUUUUCCCUUUGCAUGGUCAGCUACGGUGGCAGCAACGACCGGAAGCCUCCCUGAUUUCAAGACUUUAGCUUUAUUUGUUUGUGCAUGUCCACUUUUGAGGGGUGCUGCUUGUACCAUUAAUGAUUUCCUUGAUCGUGACUUCGAUAAACUGGUGGAACGUACAAAAUCGAGACCGAUGGCAAGUGGCGCUGUCACACCGUUUCAAGGACUAUGUUUCUUUGCGUUUCAAAUGCUUUUGAGUCAUGGAAUUCUCCAACAACUUGUCAACAAUAGCUUGAUGUACGAGGCUUUAUUCCUCUUCCUCAUUUGUACCUAUCCUCUCAUGAAGAGAAUGACAUAUUGGCCACAAGCCUACUUAGGGUUAGUGGUCAACUGGGGGGUUUUAUUUGGGUGGCAUGCAAUCAAAGGAGGCUUACAACCAUCAAUUGUGUUGCCACUUUUCCUUUCUGGUUAUUGUUGGACUAUCGUCUACGACACCAUUUAUGCUCACCAGGACAAGGAAGAUGAUUUGAAAGUAGGCAUUAAGUCGACAGCCUUGAAAUUCGGUGAAUCAACGAAGGAGUGUAUUACUGGCUUUGCAAUUGCAUGCAUUGCCAGUUUUGCUAUGACUGGAUACAAUGCUGCAAUAGGGUGGCCGUUUUAUGCGUUUUUAGCAGCUGCGUCUGCACAAUUAGCCUGGCAGAUAGGAACAGCAAACCUGUCAUCCCCAGCGGAUUGCAAUCAGAAGUUCAUGUCCAACAAAUGGUUUGGUGCCCUAAUUUUCAGUGGGAUUUUAUUAGGAAGGCUCUUCUCUUAGUUUUGUAUAAAUAAAGGGCCAUUAGACUUCAUUGUUAGCUGCUAAUCCCUAUGAUAUGUAGU